CAGUGGGAAAGCAGAAUUUGCCUCAAGUCUACAGAGCUAUUUUCUGACUCACUCCAAGAGGUCCGAGGGAGAAGUGUGUAUAGGUUCACACCGGGGGAAAUAUCAGAAGAUUUUUCUGUUUUCUGUAAAAGAGGCCAGAACACCAAAAAAAAACAGGAGAACAUUUUAGUUUCUGUUAAGUAGCAGCGAUUCAACCUUUACGUGGAUACCACUCUCAAGAUCUGGAUUUUCAAACUGAGAAGACAUACAUCAGGAGGAAAUUCUUGAAAUUCUCUUUGUCUCUGACCACUCACUGCUGCUCAGGUUCUUUCAGAUUCCCAUCAUUUGCUGCCACCAUCUAACCGCGGAAGGACGGGUCAUCAGGUUUACCACAGCAUCACUAUAAGGAUGAGUCUGUCACGGAACGGGACGCUGGAGAAGACAAUAUCUGAGCCAGGUUCCCCCUCUCGAGCGGGGUCAGGGGUCGUGGUGCCACCUCCAUACUCCCCUGGUGGUAGCGAAGCCGCUGAGACCCCCUUGGAGUUGAGGGGCUCUCUGGACUGCUGGGCAUGCUCUGUGCUGGUCACUGUACAGAAUCUGAUCAUAGCGCUGAUCAACGCUGGGCUGGCCAGUGUUAUCUUUGGCACUAUUCUCACCCCUGCUCUUGCCAUGAUCACAUUUGGCUUCCUCUGCCACUCUACAGUGCAGCCCCAUGGAACCACUCUGUACUGUUCAGACUUGCUGGAUGAUGUUGGCUGUGUGGCUCUGCUGGUCGUGGGCUUUCUGCUACUCACCCCUCUGCUGGUCCUGGCACUGGCUGCCUUCUGCCGCCUGGCUCGACACCUCCAGCUGGGCAUGUGCUUCAUUCCUUACAGCCGCGCUGUCUACAAGAACCUGCCCGCCUCACGCCGCAGGCGGGGUGGCUCAGGAGGCUGCUGCGGCCAGCAAGGAGGCUCAGACAGGGAGGGGAAGGGUAGCGUGUGGGUGUAGGAGAGGAGGAUUGUUUAUGCUGGUUAUGACUAGAAAUGACUAAAAUUGAGUUGUUUCCUUCUGGCUCUUUCUUUUUUCUUAAAAAAAAAAAAAAAUCAGAUUUCCAUUAUAUUUCUAUUUUAAAGCCAUUGUAAAAAUCCAUAUUUCAUCAUUUUUCUACUUGUUUAGAAGUCAUUAUUGAUAGAUUUUUGUAUACUAUUCCAAUGUACUUACACAUUUUUACCAUGAAGUUUCAUUCGACAGCUGGGCCUUGUGUUUUAUAUAGAACCCUGUAGAAAAAACUGGUCAUGAUGGACUGUGAAACAUUUAAGAAAGGAGGAGGUUAAGUUCAAAGAUGUAACUGAUAUAAUAUGUGUCCAAUCACAUGUCUUUGCAACAUUAUCAUUGUAAGUGUGUGGAUUUUCCAUGGAUUGCAGUGUAAGUGCAAUCAAAGUCAUCAGAAUAAUGAGUAAUAGCAGGGUUUCAGGCACUCAUGGGACAUGUUUCCACAGCUGUUAUUUAGCUGUCAAACACAUGGUGCCAAUAAAAACUUACAUCCAAACUAGUUACAAGCUAUUGUCAGUGUUCAAAGCGCAGUCACAUAAAUCAUUGUGUGACUUAUCUUAUGACAACUUAAUUAGUGUGGAAGACGUACACAUGUGCUGUCAUAGGCUAUCAUCUCUUUAUACACUGUACAGUUGUAUUUAGCAGCUGCAAGCACGGUUAUUUAGCAAAGAUAUCAAACAUUAUUAUUAGUAGGUUUUUUUCUGGCUCCACUAAUUUAGAUGCACUUAUAACUUAAAAACAACUGUUCAAAAGUAACAAUUAAAUUAAAGUUAGACCAAAAUAUAUCAGUCAAAAUGAAGGCGUUUUAAAUAAUUUUUGACCUUUAUCUACCUCUGUUGGUGACUGUUUGGAAGUACAACCACUUUUUUUUUGUCCCAUUGAAGCGCAUUGACUCAAAUUGUUAUUCUGAAUUUCUGCUUUCACCUUGCAAUGAAUACUCAAAUUAUAAUUAUAUUUUUAAUAAACAUCUUGA